AUGGCAAUGGCGCGCUAUUCAGAAUCCACCACAAUGGUGGUGACCGAGUCCGUUUGGUGUGUUUUAGCAAACGAAGAGGCGGACUCAGAGAGCAAAACAUGUGGGAAGAUCCUGGUCAUCCUCUCGUGGAUCCUGGUCAUCAUUACCAUGCCGUUUUCGCUGUUCAUCUGUUUCAAGGUUGUGCAAGAGUACGAAAGAGCUGUCAUUUUCCGUUUAGGGCGCCUUCUCUCUGGAGGCGCCAAAGGACCCGGCAUAUUCUUCAUACUUCCGUGCAUCGACACCUACGCCCGAGUUGAUCUCCGCACACGUACCUACGAUGUCCCGCCUCAGGAGGUUCUAACGAAGGAUUCCGUCACUGUAUCUGUGGACGCUGUGGUUUACUACCGCGUUCACAACGCGACAAUAUCCAUCGCGAACGUUGAGAACGCUCACCACUCCACCCGGCUCCUCGCCCAAACGACCUUGCGCAACACGAUGGGAACACGGCCUCUUCACGAGAUCUUAAGCGAAAGGGAAACCCUCUCCGGAACCAUGCAGCUUUCUCUUGAUGAAGCUACAGAAGCAUGGGGCAUCAAGGUUGAGAGGGUUGAAAUCAAGGACGUGCGUCUGCCAGUCCAGCUUCAACGGGCAAUGGCAGCUGAAGCAGAGGCCGCAAGAGAGGCUAGGGCAAAGGUUAUUGCAGCUGAAGGCGAGCAGAAGGCCUCUCGGGCCCUCCGAGAGGCUUCCGAGGUCAUUGGGGACAGCCCUGCGGCACUACAACUGCGAUACUUACAGACCCUGAACACCAUAUCGGCAGAGAAGAACUCGACCAUUGUUUUUCCGCUUCCUAUCGACAUGAUUACCUAUUUCAUGCGAGCGAAGGAGGAGUCUCGCAUGUAAUAGGUCCCUUCUCUUUCUUACUUCACAUUAUUUUGCAAUCCCAA